AUGCCAACCAUCAACGAUUUCAUUUACCAAGUCUUUGAAGAAAGUAGCCCUGAAGAUAGAAGGGAUGUGCCUGUUUUAAAUGUAUACAUUUCCGAAUUCCCGGGCUAUGCGUACAAAAACGGUGACAACGUUAACGUCAGUGCCUCAGCACUGUACGACAUAUACCGCCCUACAUCAAUUUCAAAGUGGAUGUUCACUUCACUACUGUUUCAUGAGAUGACUCAUGUGUUCCAAUGGCAUGGUAAUUUUGGAGCCCCGGGUGGCCUCACGGAGGGGACUGCAGACUAUGUGAUGGUCAAGUCGGGCUACUACGAUCCGGAUACUUAUACUAAACCCGGUGAAGGUCAGAAGUGGGAUGCAGGGUAUGGUGUGACAGAGAGGUUUUUGGAGUAUUGUGACAGUUUGCUGGAAGGUUUCACCGCGAAACUGAACAAGAAGAUGAGGUAUGCAUACAACGACGCUUACUGGGUCGAGUUGCUCGGGAAACCCGUGGAACAGCUCUGGGGAGAGUACAAAGCCAAGUAUGGGAACCAACCUCAAGACAACACUAUUGAUAUACUUCAUGGUUUGAAGUAUUGA